GUACGACCGAGAUUUGGCAUCUGUUGUAUUCCCGGGUAUACUGACAAUCUAAUAGAUGGCGGCGCAUGCGUGGCUAUGGUCGGAAAGGACUGCGUUGCCAUUGCCUGCGAUCUCCGUCUCGGCAUGCAAGCCCUCACUGUCUCCAACAACUUCCCCAAGAUCUUUCAGUACGGCGACGUAUUUCUAGGUCUAACCGGACUCGCCACCGACGUUUCCACCGUCUCCGACCUCUUCCGCUACAAAGUCAACAUGUACCGACUUCGAGAGGAGCGCAACAUCUCCCCCCAGACUAUGGCCAACCUUGUUAGUUCGUCGUUAUAUGAGAAGCGAUUUGGGCCAUACUUUGUAAGCCCUGUCAUUGCAGGCAUCAACCAGACAACGGGAAAGCCCUUCAUCUGUGGGUUUGACAGCAUCGGCUGCAUCGAUUUCGCAAAGGAUUUUAUUGUGAGCGGAACAGCGAGCGAUCAAUUGUUCGGUACUUGUGAGGGGCUGUGGGAGCCGGAUCUGGGCCCAGAAGACCUCUUCGAGACCGUUUCACAAGCGUUGCUUAACGCCGUCGAUCGAGAUGCCUUAUCAGGCUGGGGAGCGCACGUAUACAUAAUCGAGAAGGACAAGGUGACGAAGCGACUAUUGAAGGGAAGGCAAGAUUGAGUUGGUUUCAGGUUUCAGUGGCACCCGAGCAAUUUGAAGGGUCCGGUUUGCGGGAAACACAAAGUUGCCCGCGUCGAGAUCUUCGAACCCAAGAUACAAUCCAGCGAUCUUAGGUGCAUGUAUGAAUUAGACCAAAAACAUUGGCUUCCUGGCACUUGGGUGGCAUUACGGCAUCUGGCUCGCUCAGGCCAAUCAAAAUCAUGAACAUUAUGAACUACACAUUCAUCAACGU